AUGCUUUGCGAGUCUCGAGGGUGUACCGACAUGACACCGCAUGUGCAGGCCAUCUUCGACAUCUUGGCGUCAUUUCCUCUGAGCAUCGAGGGCGCUGUUUGGAUACACAACUACGAAAGCCUGCAGCCACUCGAGCCGCACGAGGGGCAGCAGGGCUUCCUCAACCUGUAUAACAGAGAGACUUUCUCAUUAGGAAGCGACUGUCACUAUGACGAAGAUCCGAUGGACCCGAAUGUCAUGGCAGAGUUGCAUGCCGUUGCGGCACGCCUUGAGCGUCAGUCCAACCCUGUUGAAGAUGCACAACGCUUCAUUGGUGGAUUCGCCGACGAGUUACACGUUGAAGAUCCGGAAAUCCAUCAACGUAUCUCGGCGAUGGAGAGUUCGUUACGAAGGCUGCCUGUCGAAAUCGUCUCAGACAUACUACUUUACCUCCCCAGUGCCAGCGUGAGGAACCUCCAACUAGCCGAUCCGUUCUUCAACGGAAGCCAAGGGUUCCGACAUGAAAACGAAAAGCUCCUGCGAGGCUCGGAAUCAGAUAUCAGAAAAGACGAGGCUUUCUGGCAGAACGCGGCAAACUACAAGAGACUCUCGUUGUGCAAGGUGCCAAAUGUAACGAGCCUCGUCGAUCAAGUUGUCGAGCUUCCUCGCCACACGAGGCAUGCUUCCUUCUCCUUCGUCACGCUGGCUAACGAGCGCUACAUAUCUGGGAUUCGCAUCCGCGGUGUCAACAACUGGGAGAAGACUCUGGGCUACUUUCGACCCGAAGAGCACUCCUCAUCCACCUGCAGUCACCAGACCCUCACGGGAGAGUCCAUCACAGGGUUCGACAUCGCUCUCGAUAAUGGAUUCAAACUCAUCGGCAUCGCUAUUUGCUCUACUUCCGAUUCGUGGCCUUCUGAUUCACAACAUGAGGGCUUCGCACUCGAGGACCGGCACGUGGACCGGCUCGUCGUGCCCGAAAAGGAGAUCUGGUACCCAGAACUGCCGCCUCUGGGCCUGAAAUACGUUUUACUGAACAAACUUGGUCGCCCUCCGGAGCAGCCGUAUCAUUAUUGCAUCUUUGGCGGAGCUCGAGGGGAGCGGCUGCAAAACCUCAACAAGGUCAUCAUCACAGCAGACAAGCACGUACGUUCUAUAGCAUUCCAGUUCGGCAGCGACGGAGAAGAAAUGGAACAAGCCGAGUUCACCAGACCACGCUACGGACUGAAACCCGGCGAGAAUCUGGCUACGACGUCGCUGGCCAUUGACGGGGCAAGAGGGGAGCGGAUUACCAGAGUCGAAGGCAUUCGCGAUCCUUGUACCGAGCUGCUGACGAGCCUCCAGAUUUUCACCAACAAAGGCCGGGCUAUCCGCUCGCAGAAUACUCACAGCCCCGACGGCCCGACAAGGGAUGGCGAAAUAGAUAGUUACGACAUUAUCACUACUGGUCCAUCUGAGGCAGAGACAGACAUAAUAGGCUUCUUUGGAACAAUGAUGGCUCACACCUCCCAAGGCGGCAUAUCAAGCCUUGGGCUUGUGUGCGUUUAG